CGUGUCGCUGGCCCUUAACGGUCCCUGCUGACUCUGUCACAACCUCUGUCGCGCUGUGAUCUACACUGGUCGUGGGAAUCGUAGCAGGGACUCAGGGAGACCCAGGAAACCUAGAUAUGGACUCAGUGGCCUUUGAGGAUGUGGCUGUGACCUUCACCCUGGAGGAGUGGGCCUUACUGGAUUUUUCACAGAAGAAACUCUACAGAGAUGUGAUGCGAGAAACCUUUAGGAACCUGGCCUCAGUAGGGGAAAAAUGGGAUGAUCAUGACAUUGACGAUCAGUACAAAAACAAAGGGAGAAAACUAAAAAGUCAUAGGGUAGAGAGACUCUAUGAAAGUAAAGAGGAUAGUCAGUAUGGAGAACACUUCAGCCUUAUUUCCAAUAUGAAUCUGAACAGAGAAACCACUGGAAUAAAAGUACACGAAUCUAGUGCAUGUGGAAGCAUCUUCAUGCAUCAUUCAUUCCUUAAUAGACACAUCCCUGGGCACAAACCAUAUGAGUAUCACAAAUACAAAGAGAAACCAUAUAAAUGUAAGGAAUGUGAUAAAGCUUUCAGUUAUUUCCAAUUUUUUGAUGAAAGAAAUCACAAUGGAGAGAAAAACUGUAAAUGUAAGGAAUGUGGAAAAGCCUACACAGAUUGCAGUUCCUUAGAAACACAUGAAAGAACUCACACAGGAGAGAAAUGGUAUGAAUGUAAGCAAUGUGGUAAAGCCUAUCGUCUUCCUGGUUCUCAUCAAAAACAUGAAAGAACUCACACUAGGGAGAAGCAUUAUGCAUGUAAGGAAUGUGGGAAAGUCUUUGGUGAUCGCUCAAGCUUUCGCGUACACAUGAUCAAUCACACUGGAGAAGGACCUUAUAAAUGUAAGGAAUGUAAGAAAGCAUUCAUUUCUCCCAGUUCUAUUCAAACACAUGAAAGAACUCACACUGGAGAGAAACCUUAUGAAUGCCAGGAAUGUGGGAGAGCCUUCUCUCGUCACUAUGCCUUAAAAACACACAUGAGACUACACACUGGAGAGAAACCCUAUGAAUGUCAACAAUGUGGUAAAGCCUAUAGAUGUUCUGAUUCCCUCCGAAGUCAUAAAAUAACUCAUACUGGAGAGAAACCCUAUGAAUGCCAGGAAUGUGGGAAAGCCUUCUCCUAUAAGCAAACCUUAAAAAUACACAUGAGAGUGCACACUGGAGAGAAACCCUAUGAAUGUAAACAAUGUGGUAAAGCCUAUAAAUAUAAGUAUACAUUUCAAACACAUGAAAGAACUCACACAGGAGAGACACGGUAUGAAUGUAAGCAAUGUGGUAAAGCGUUCAGUUACCCCCGUUCUUGUCGAAACCAUGAAAGAACUCACACUGGGGAGAAACAUUAUGAAUGUAAAGAAUGUGGGAAAGCCUUUAAUUAUCUGUCAUGUCUUCGAGUACACUUGAUCAGUCACACUGGCGAUGGUCCGUAUAAAUGUAAGGAAUGUGAGAAAGUGUUUAUUUCUCGCAGUUCAUUUCAGAUACAUGAAAGGACUCACACGGGAGAGAAACCCUAUGAAUGUAAAGAAUGUGGGAAAGCCCUCUCCUCUAAGCAAACCUUAAAAGCACACAUGAGACGACACACUGGAGAGAAACCCUAUGAAUGUCAACAAUGUGGUAAAGUCUUCAGAUGUUAUGGUUCCCUCCACAAUCAUAAAAGAACUCAUACUGGAGAAAAACCCUAUAAAUGCCAGGAAUGUGGGAAAGGCUUCUUCCACAAACAGAAGUUAAAAAUACAUGAGACUGCACUGGAGAGAAACUAUGGAUGUAAACAAUGUGGUAAAGCCUUCAGGUUUUACUUUUCCCUCCAAAACAUGAAAGAAGUCAUGAGAGAAACCCUAUGAAUAUAAGCAGGGUGGUAAAAGCCUGUGGAGCUUACAGUUGCUUAGAAACAAGAAUUCAUACAUGAGGGAAGCCCUAUGAAUGUAAGAUUUGGAGAAGUUUCAGAUACUAGUUUAUGCAAACGUGAAAGAAAUUGCAGGAGAGAAACCCUAUGAAUGUAAGCAAUGUCGUAGAGCUUUCAUUUCUCAUCUAGGUUUUUAAAUACACAAAACUCAACACUGGAGGAAAUUCUAUGAAUGCAAGCAUUGUGGUAAAGCCUUUAUUUGUCACAACCACUUGAAGAUGCAAGAGUGCACACGGGAGAGACAUCAUAUAAAUGUAAAGAAUGUGGAAAGACUUUAAAUAUCCCAGUUCCUGCCAAAGACAUGAAAGGACUCACUGGGUAAAACAUGAAUGUAAACUGUGUGGGAAAGACAUCAGUUGGCCCACAGCCUUACAUGUGAACUCCCACCAAAGAGAAAUAUAAAGAACGUGAGAAAACUUGAUAGAAAUUAACCCAUUUGUAAUGUUCCAGACAACUUUCAGCAUGAGGUAGUUGUUAGUAAAGUUGUAAAUGUAUUGCUUUUAUCAAGUUUUUAUUUUAAAGUACAUAAUUGGAAUGUGGAUUUCUACUAAUUACUUUCAGUAAUGAAUGUUGAGGUGAGAAAAUUCUGUGAGUCAUCUUCAACAAUAGUACCUAAGAUUGAUAGGUUAGUGUUUUUUCCUUAAAACAGUUAAUAUUUUUUUUCUAUUUUUUGGCUUGUUUGAAGGGCAUUUCUAAAAUGCAGUUGUUUUAAAAUGUGUUAUUUGUUUUGUGUUAAGGAGCCAUUGAAAUUUGACAAGAGUGGUAUUUUCCUACUGGCCUUGUGACAGUUCUUGGAUAUCCAUAGUUAUCCAUAGUUCAUUAUAUAUGUACUAUUGUACUUUCUUAUUGACAAAGCUCCUUUUUUAGGACAGGUAUAAGUGCCUCUUUCCAUUUUUCAUAUGUAUAAACAAUUGUAAUACUUUGUAUGGCAAAUUAAUUAAAGAACAUAUUUUCAUGUGAAUUAACUAUUUUUAUAUUUGGGCCUUUUCUUUUUCUUUGCUGACUGUUAUUUCCUGAACAGACAUUGAUUUAAGAAGAGGGAGCUGCGAUAGGGGGUAACAAAAUCUGGAGCUGGAGAUAGUGCCCUGUGGGUAAUGUUAGGAACUAGAUUUUCCAGAAUCCAUGCCUUUUGUGGUCUAUGUUAAAAUUCAUUAAUAGCCUCACUUGCAUGAGAUUUGGAAGGCAAAAACAAAGAAGGCAUUAGAUUUAAGAGCCACAAUGGGGGGCGGGGAAGCAGAUGCACAGGAGCUUUGAAAACAUCAGCUUCUAGCCCAUUGUCCUGAUUCUUUGCACUUGCAGUCAAGACUGUCCUCAAAACUACCAGCAACUGCUUAAUACCCAUUUUUGAGAAGUGUAGAUUUCCUCUGAUGUCUUCAGAACUGCCACAUAAAAGACCUGUCAGUGUGGGUUUUUCUGUCAGCCCUCUUGUGUCCACCAGGAAGCUAAAUCAGACUUUUGUGCUUGGGAGUAUUGUCUGAUUCCCCUCUUCUCUAGAUUAUAUCAGUAUAAGGUCUAAUUUUUACAGGAAACACCUUAUGCUGUUAACAGUGCUGGUGAAUAUGUUUUCUUGAUUCACCGACACCUCUACAGUGCUACCAUCAGAAAGAAUGGCAUGGGAGUUUGUUUCUCUGCUGCAUUUGUACACUGGCUGCUUUGACUGGGCCUUCCAUGUGAGAAAAAUCACCCUCAUGUCAGGAAAACUGUGGGUGUUUCCUGUUACUUGUA